UGUGGCUGUCAUUCCUGACUCCUGGCUGAACGCUGGCCUGAGAGCUACAUUCUCAGAUGGAGCAUGCGAGCCCUUACGGGAGGGAGCAUCGCCGCAGGACUGAAUGCAGAUGGCUCCCAGGUGAAGAGAAUGGCGGGGGCUGAGGAUGGAGCCCCUGCCCCGUUCAUAGCUGUCCAGCCCUUCCCAGCUCUACUGGAUCUCCCCCUGGGCUCAGAUGCAAUCAAGGCCAGCUGUGGAUCCAGGCACACGGCUGUGGUGACACGAACAGGGGACCUGUACACCUGGGGCUGGGGUAAGUAAAAGGAUUGUUUUUGUGACCCUGAAACCAAGGGGAGGAAAGGGCAGGUGACAAAGCCAC